AUGAACAAAAUCGAUGGCUGGGGAUCUUUGGAGGCCGAGGGAAAAAUAUUCAUAAUGAUGAAGCCUCAACACGACGCUACCUUCUCACGCAUGAACAAAAUCGAUGGCUGGGGAUCUUUGGAGGCCGAGGGAAAAAUAUUCAUAAAGAUGAAGCCUCAACACGACGCUUCCUUCUCAAUCGCCAUGCCCAAAAUCGAUGGCUGGGGAUCUUUGGAGGCCGAGGGAAAAAUAUUAAUAAUGAUGAAGCCUCAACACGACGCUACCUUCUCAAUCGCAUGA